AUGAAUGAUACCCCUGGUCACUGGACAUUGGAGCUGACGAUGAAAUCAUUAAAUAUACCAGUUGGCUACAUUUACCCUGCUUUUGUUUUUGGGACCCUUACAUAUGUAAUUAUUCUGUUUUGUAAUAUAUUAGUGAUUACAACAAUUGUCUUCACAAAGAGUUUGCAUUCGCCUAUGUUCAUCUUGCUGUUAAACCUGCCUGUACUGGACGUAAUGGGAGCCACUGCUCUUUUCCCUCAGCUGUUACACAGUAUAGUGUCAAAUGACCGCUCUAUUUCCUACCCAGGGUGUUUUCUCCAGGCUCUGUUGAUUCACAUCUAUGGUUCAGGGAACUUCCUAUUCUUAACUGCCAUGGCCUACGACCGAUAUAUUGCUAUAUGCUUGCCUCUUAGGUACCACUCUCUGAUGACGUCAAAUAUUUUGAUAAGAAUCAUCGUAGUUGUUUGGUUAUUUGACAUCUUAAUUAUAGUAGUGCUGCUGGGUAUUACGACACGGUUCAAAUUAUGUAAGAAUUAUAUAUUAGAUGUAUUCUGCAACAAUCCCUCUUUAGUGAAACUAGUUUGCGAAGACAGCAGCGUCAAUAGAAACUAUGGUGUAUUCACUAUCAUAUUAGUCCAAGGUGGAUCACUGUUCUUAGUGAUAUUCACAUACAUCCAGAUAUUGUUGACUUGUAUGAAGACUAAGCAGUCAGAUGCGAGAGGAAAAGCUCUCCAAACAUGUGGAACACAUCUGGUGGUUUUUUUAUUCUUUCAUUUAAUUUGUAUCAUCGCUAUAAUGUCUCACAGAUUUGACAGUUUGUCCCCAAACCUGAGACAGGCCCUGGGUGUAUCAGUUAUUGUGUUUCCCCCAGUACUCAAUCCACUUAUAUAUGGGUUAAAAACAAAAGAACUUCAGAAAAACAUGAUUAAAAUCAUUAAAAGAACAAGGUUAACUUAA